CCAGAAGGGUAAAUUGGUAAUUACCGAUGUUCUAAGUUCUUCUCUCUCGUAGCAAAACCAGAGAGAGUCUCAGUAAAAUCCUCCUCAAUCGGAGAUUAAUGUGGCGUUUAUGGUUAUGCUAGCGAGAUCAAAGCUUGCUCUAGAUGUGAGCAGAAGAUCACAUUCUUUGCAUAGAAUCUCCUAUUGCGCGAUUAGCUCCUCUGGAUUUUGCGGCAGCGGCGGAGAUGAUGGCGGCGGCUCACCGGAUUCAUCCAACGAAUGGGAGAAGCUUCUUAAACCAUUCGAUCUCGAUUCUCUCAGGAAUUCAUUUCAUAAGAUAACUCCUUUUCAGCUCUGUAAGCUACUUGAGUUACCUCUCGAUGUUUCUACUUCAAUGGAGUUGUUCUCAUGGACCGGUUCUCAAAAGGGUUAUCGUCACUCCUUCGAUGUGUAUCAAGUUCUUAUAGGUAAGCUUGGUUCGAAUGGUGAGUUUAAGACCAUUGAUAGAUUGCUAAUGCAGAUGAAAGAUGAAGGAAUCGUUUUUAAAGAAUCUCUUUUCAUUUCGAUUAUGAGAGAUUACGACAAAGCUGGGUUUCCUGGACAAACUACGAGGUUGAUGUUGGAGAUGAGGAAUGUGUAUUCCUGUGAACCCACUUUUAAAUCUUACAAUGUUGUCUUGGAGAUUUUGGUUUCUGGUAAUUGUCACAAAGUUGCAGCUAAUGUGUUCUACGAUAUGCUUAGCCGAAAAAUCCCUCCAACGCUUUUCACAUUUGGUGUUGUGAUGAAAGCUCUUUGUGCGGUUAAUGAGGUAGAUUCGGCUCUGUCUGUGCUUAGGGACAUGACGAAACAUGGCUGUGUCCCAAACUCUGUCAUUUACCAGACUCUUAUACACUCGUUAUCUAAGUGUAAUAGAGUGAACGAAGCGCUUCAACUUUUAGAGGAGAUGUUUCUGAUGGGAUGUGUUCCUGAUGCUGAGACGUUCAACGAUGUUAUCCUUGGUCUCUGUAAGUUUGAUCGGAUUAACGAAGCUGCUAAAAUGGUGAACCGGAUGCUUAUUAGAGGAUUUACUCCUGAUGAUAUAACUUAUGGGUAUUUGAUGAAUGGUCUAUGUAAGAUUGGCCGGGUUGAUGCUGCAAAGGAUCUUUUUUACAGAAUUCCGAAACCGACAAGUGUGAUCUUCAACACUCUUAUUCACGGGUUUGUGACUCAUGGAAGACUUGAUGAUGCUAAAGCUGUCUUAUCAGAUAUGGUCACGUCUUAUGGCAUCGUUCCUGAUGUCUGCACAUAUAACUCACUGAUCUAUGGAUAUUGGAAGAAGGGUCUUGUAGGUUUAGCUCUGGAAGUUCUUCGCGACAUGAGGAAUAAGGGAUGUAAGCCUAACGUCUACUCUUAUACUAUUUUAGUUGAUGGUUUCUGUAAAUUAGGAAAGAUAGAUGAAGCCUACAAUCUUCUGAAUGAAAUGUCUGCCGAUGGACUGAAACCCAACACUGUUGGUUUUAACUGUUUGAUAUCGGCUUUCUGCAAGGAACACAGAAUCCCCGAGGCCGUAGAGAUUUUCAGAGAGAUGCCGAGAAAAGGCUGUAAACCCGAUGUGUAUACAUUUAAUUCGUUGAUAUCUGGGCUCUGUGAGGUCGACGAAAUAAAGCAUGCCUUAUGGUUACUUAGAGACAUGAUAUCAGAAGGUGUUGUUGCCAAUACUGUUACUUACAACACGCUGAUCAAUGCGUUUCUUAGAAGAGGUGAAAUCAAAGAAGCUCGUAAACUAGUAAACGAGAUGGUUUUCCAGGGAUCCCUGCUCGAUGAGAUAACCUACAAUAGUCUGAUAAAAGGGCUGUGCAGGGCUGGGGAGGUAGAUAAAGCGAGAAGCUUGUUUGAAAAGAUGUUAAGAGACGGGCUUGUACCGAGCAGCAUCUCCUGCAACAUACUUAUAAACGGGCUCUGCAGAAGCGGGAUGGUGGAAGAAGCGGUUGAAUUUCAGAAAGAGAUGGUUCUGAGAGGAUCGACACCAGACAUUGUGACAUUUAACAGUCUGAUAAACGGUCUGUGUAGGGCCGGUAGGAUCGAAGAUGGUUUGACAAUGUUUAGGAAGCUUCAGGCUGAAGGAAUACCUCCUGAUACGGUAACGUAUAACACUCUGAUGAGUUGGUUGUGCAAAGGAGGUUUUGUUUAUGAUGCUUGCUUACUUCUGGAUGAAGGUAUUGAAGAUGGUUUUGUUCCAAAUGAUAGAACUUGGUCAAUUUUGUUACAGAGUCUUGUUCCCCAAGAAACACUUGAUAGACGAACGUUUUAUAAUGCAGUUUUCUGAAACUAAAUACAAUGAUAAGAGAAUAAAAAUGUUUGGUUAUUGUGAUUAUGGAAUGUGUUAUGUGGAUUCACCCAAA